AUGUUCAAAUUAGCAGCUGGCCGUACCCUCAAGGAAAGUUCAAGGGGACUCCUCAGACAACCAUCUACAUCUCUUCUCCGCCACUACUCCCUAGCAGACAGGCAGGGUGUCCUUAGACUAGAGGAGCUGAUGCUCCAAUGUCACGCAUACCCGGACCUUAGAACCAAGGCAUACGACGCAUUCAAAGUAGUGGACAAGGCGAUCACGGUAGCAGACAAGCGUGCCAAUUCAUUCUUCUUUGACAGAUAUUCGGCCAUCACAAGUUUCAUGUUCAGCGUGCUGUUCACGAGGGAGAUACUCCGCAAGCCGAAUAAGGAGGUUGUUGACCAAUUUCUGGAUUCUAUCGCGCUACACGACAUCGACUUCCAGCUAGAGGAUGUCAAACUGGUAAUCCAAUAUCUGGGCACAAUCAAACGAUUGCUGUGA